UUGAAUGUUUUUAUACAAAAGCUUUCCUCUCUCUAUUUUCUCUUAAAUUCUAUCAUUAUUCAAGAAAACAUUCAUUGCCAUCAGGAUUACAGUUAUUCACAAUGGUAGCUAUUCGUAUUAGUAGCUCUUUAAAUGCCUUGAGGGUUGCCCGGACCCGCGUUCCCCGAGCUUACCGUACUUUUACAGCUAGUCCCCGUUACUUUUCACCAGGUUAUGGUGAUGGAGAGGGAGAUCCAGUUGGACAGGACCCUCAGAACCAGCCAUCGUCAAGUGAUGCACAGCAAUCAUCAGAACACCCUGGCCCAAGCCCACCGGACGUGGGCAAGGGAACAGGAGGUGGUCCUACGAAGGCCGCCUUGUCAGAGAGUAUGAAAAACGCUGCUGCUCGCGAGUCAGGACAGAAGUCCCCCGAGGACGCCAGCGCGCAGUCCGGGGGGUCUAGGUCCAAAGAGGCUACCGAAACGGGAGGAAGUCCCACUGGCGGGAGUAUUGCCAACGCGGCGAGCCAGGAUGGAGGUGAGGCAUUGAAGGGUCCUCAGGGCAAGGGCACACCCAGUCCAAAGAUCCAUAACCAGGCGGUGCCCGCCGUCAAGGAAGGCCUGAGUGACGAACAAAAACAGGAAGUCGAAAGGCAUAACCAGGACUUCGAAAAGCGUCACGACCGGGCGGCACCCGCCUCAGAUGACAAGGUCGACCCUAAGUUCUGGAAAGGGACGUGAGUAAUGCGUGUGUCUGUUCUGCGUUGUUGUUUGCUGCUACGUCUCGAUAUAUUAUAGUAUACUGAUUUGUAAUGGACGUAGCGGCGGUCUUCAACAGGGAGAGGGAAAAGGAGGAAGUGGAGUGGAUUGGAAUGCUUAGGUGAAUGAAUUACCUUGUAUCUGAUUGAGAG